AGUGUUUAAAAACAUUGAUCCGUUUAGAGGAACGUUGGGUUCCAGCUGAGAGAGGAUUCUCAUUAUAUAUACGUCCUACUCUUAUUGGUACACAAGCAUCUCUAGGAAUAGGCCCUAAUUCUAGAGCAAUUCUAUUUAUUAUUUGUUCUCCUGUGGGGCCAUACUACAAAACAGGAUUUAGUGCUGUUAAGUUAUUAUCUACAGUUGAAAACGUAAGAGCAUGGCCCGGUGGAACUGGUGAUUCUAAAAUUGGUGGAAACUAUUCUCCAUGUGUUAAACCACAAAUUGAAGCUGUCGAAAAAGGUUAUCAACAAAAUUUAUGGCUAUUUGGUCCUGAUGAUGAAAUAACUGAAGUGGACAUAGCAUAUUCUAAAAUUAUUUACUAUUUAGAAACUGAGCUUGUGACACCGCCCUUAGAUGGUACCAUACUUGCUGGUGUGACUCGUGAUUCAAUAUUACAACUGGCUCGGACGUGGAAUGAGUUCAAAGUCUCAGAACGUAAGAUUACCAUGCCCGAGGUAGUAAAUGCUCUGAAAGAGGGCCGCUUGAGAGAAAUGUUUGGUUCUGGUACCGCAUGUAUUGUCACUCCUAUUAAAGUAAUUCAUUAUCGUGGAGAAGAUUUAGAAGUGCCUUUAGAUCCAAAUGAUCCUUCAAUGGUCUGUUGUCUUGAAUUAGAUAUUAUGGAGAUUAUUUCUUUUGGAAAAUACUAA